AUGCGCUCUCUUCACCUUCUGGCUUUUUGCGCAAUCAAUUCUGCAGAUCCAGCUCUGACCGCCCACUCUUUAGGCCUUCCACUGGCUUCAGCUUGCCCCCCGAAACCUUCUUUCAAGGCCGACAUUCGUGCUGACACCAACCGUGAUGGACGAGUCGACCUCGAAGGUUCUUCGGACACGAAAGACAAGACGCGAUGGACAGAAGAGUCCGGUGCCAUUUUCCUUCCCAACAUCGGCGAUACAGAUCAACGAUGCCUGUCUGAGUUUACCGGUCGUAAGGUUCUACUUGACAAGAACCUUGACGAUUGCCACGAUGCUUCUGACAAUACUCAGAGAUCCCCCGACUAUCUCGCACCCCUCAAGACCGUCCCCAUCCCAAUCCUUCCCGAAAACGCAAAGGGUACGGUUACAGUUCCUGAUGCGACUCAGCGAAAGCUCGUGCGUAUCUUCCAGAAGCAGGGCAAGGAUUGGGUAUACAUCGACAACGACCAUACUUUCUCUCAACGGGAGCUGCAGGCUGGCCUUGAUCUUGGCAUUGAUGCUCGUAAUACCAGACGUCCCAAGAGUUCGGACACCAGAAGUCCCGAGCGCUGGGAUGGGCGUGUCACUGUUCGCUUCACCAUCCAAGUCGGAAGUACCAAAUCAUCUGACACAGUCAUGUUACGUGUCGCACCCGUGCUCAUACACCAUCACCUCCAAAUGGUCGAACAAGUCCUCACCGUCCAGAAAGCCUCGAACCCUUAUCUUAAUGACUUCGCCAACAUCCUCGACUCAAUUACAAAGGCAGCUGGCCUCAAGAAAGACCUUGGCCUCUUUCUCAUGCACGGAAAAAGGUUUGAUAAGUGGGCCCAAGACUUUGUUGAGCCAGGCUACGCAAGCAUGCCUGGUCCAAAUGGAACAGUAUCUAUCCGGAUCCUGAUUCGGUGUCCCCGCGCCCGCGCUUCGCAAGAGGGCGGUCGAAACCUCUUUCUGUUUGUCCGAAAAGCUGGACAUGGUAGCAAAUACCAUCAUAUUCUGUCCUACCUCGAAGCUCAAGAGUCACAGAAGCCCCUUCGACUUGACACUGACUGGCUUGCCGUGGGUCAUGUCGAUGAGUUCCUCCAGUUCAUUCCCGCCAACAACACCCGAGGUUGGGUUGCAGUCAUCGGUGAUCCUAUUUUAGCCAUCAAGAUCCUUGAAAACGCGAAAAAGGCCGGGCAUGGGUCGCUCCCGGCUAUCUCACGCAAGGGCGAUACUGAGUGGCCGCGGUCCUGCAAGACGCCCGAGUGUGACCAGCCCGUGAAUUCCAUUACCGUGAGCCAGCUGUUGAGCAAUAACAGGCUGAUGAAGCUCAACAAAUGGUGCGAUCGGAAAAUCAAGAGCAACGUCAAGACUCUCAGGAAGGAAGUUGGACUCACCGAUGAGGACAUCAUUCGCAUUCCGGCUUUGUUCAUUGAGAACGGCCCCUGGGAUGGUCCUGACUCGGAAACCGAAGUCGGGGCCUUUUUCCCUGCUGCCAUAAACAACCUCGUUCUCACUGGGUACAACACUUGCAUUGCGCCUUACCCAUGGGGUCCAAGGGUCGGGGGGGACAUCUUUGCCGAGACAAUUAGCCACAAAUAUGCCGAAGUUGGAAUGAAGAUCGAGUUUAUCGAUGACUGGGAUACUCAUCAUAGACUCCAAGGAGGAGUUCAUUGUGGGACCAACUCAUUUCGAAGCAUGUCUGCACCGUGGUGGUGA